GCCAUCUCUGCACUACACCGCUCCGCCGCUGCCCGAUCUGCGUCAGGCGCAUGCGCGUCAACGUGUCUCACAGACCAGACCACGGACCGGGCCAGAGGACUACUGCUGCUCCUGCUGCUGCUGGAGAUCUGAGCAGCAGAUGGCGCCCUCUCCAUCUCCGUCCGUGUCCACGCAGCUCCUCUGGGUCUUUAUAGAGACACGUCCAGAGCAUCCGCCUCAUAGAAUCUCCCAGUGUCAGCCAUGGACGGCAUCCCGUGGUCUCUGAUCCCCCUGGUGCUCCUCGGUCUGCUGCGGCCCUGCGCCUCCACCUCUCCGCUCUCAAAGCGCUGUGACUCAUCCGGGGAUGGCACCAUUUACAGAUACCAGGCGAAGACCCUGAACGGAAGCCAGACGGUGCGUCUGGACAGUCUGAGAGGAAGGAGCGUCCUCUUCAUCAAUGUGGCCACGUACUGAGGCUUGACCUACCAGUACGUGGAACUGAAUGCACUUCAUGAAGAACUAAGCCCACUCGGACUCACAAUCCUCGCCUUCCCGUCUAAUCAGUUCGGGAAGCAAGAGCCGGGGCAAAAACACGAGAUACUGCCAGCUCUAAAGUAUGUCAGACCGGGCAAUGGAUUUGUGCCAAACUUCAUGUUAUUUGAGAAGGGGGAUGUAAAUGGACAAAAUGAGCAGCCUGUCUUUGCUUUCCUUAAGAGUGCUUGCCCCCCCGUUGGAGACUCUUUUGGUUCAGUACCCGGCAGACUCUUUUGGGAUCCACUCAAAUUGAACGACAUCAAGUGGAACUUUGAGAAGUUUUUGGUGGGUCCAGAUGGCAAACCAGUGAUGAGAUGGCACCCCACUGCGCAGGUGUCGCAAGUUCGGGCAUUCCUCACCAAUUACUUACGCAACUUGUCCCAAAGGAAGCAGUAGAUUAGAUUGUGUAGUUGUAGUAAAGUAAUGGCUUGUAGUUUCUGGCAUAAGGAAAUGUCAUGUUGAAUGAAGAGGAGGCUUGAAAGCAGUGCAUCUGUGGUGCCUCUUCAGAGUCUGGGUCCAGGGCUGUUCUUUGGUGCAUUCAGAGCUGCCCUGCAAAACUCAAGAGCAUGCAGUUUCCCUCAAAUACCAGCACCUAUGAGCCAUUCACGCCUCAAUGUUAAUUACAUUCAAUAAAUCAUAGAAAGAAA